GGCAAUAUAUGUGGAAAUUCAAUUACGUUGCUAAUGUAAAUUGUUGAGAAUCAUGUUGGAAUUCUCGUGGGAUAAAAUCGCGAAGUUAAAUGAAGCUGACAUAGAUAUAGACAAUGCAAACUAUUACUGUCAAUUAUUUUUAGAUGCUAAUGUUGAGGACUGGGAUGAUAAUGAUCGACUUAAGCAUGUUUUUCAAAUUACUCAGACGUUGCUUAACCUGAAAUGGGAACAAUGGAAGUUAUUAGAGACAAGCCUGUUAGAUAAAACCUCAGAAAUAAAUAAUCUGAAAGAUCAAAUAAGGGAACUAGAACAAGAGAACAAAGAUUUGCAAAAAGCAAUUUCUGCUUCUGGUCUUGAUAGAGGAAGCAUCGGUGAGACGAGGAGACUUGAGUUUAAAGUCGUCAAACUGCAAUCUGAACUAGAAUCUUUAAGGAUAGCCAAAGAUGCUUCUUUUAAGGAAAAAGAAGAACUUUUGAAUGAAAAGGGUGAUCUGGAAAGAAAAGUGGAACUGGUUUCAAAAGAAAAUAAGGAACUUCAAGAGCGUUGUGAUUACUUACACCUGCAACUCCAAGAUCGACCCAGCUUUUUUGGCAAAAGUAAUGAAGAGGCUAAUUACAGAAAAGAAAUUUCCUCCUUACGUGCAAAAAUAAGGGUACAGAAAGCUGAAAUAGAUGGAUUAGAAGAUGAAAAACAGAAUUUAUGGAGUGAUGUCAAUCGUUUGGAGAGCAACCUCCGGCAAGCCAGCAUGGAAAUCGAUCGUGCCACCGAUGACUAUGUGAAAAUGAAAGAAGCCUUAUCAGAAGCAGAUAAAAGUCACGCAGAAAAGUCAGCUGAAUGUAGUAUGUUGCGCGCUCAGUUGGCCAAUCUUUCCGAAAAGAUUGGUCAUCCUGAGGAAACAAAUAACCUUAUCAUGAGUGUUGUUGAACAGAAGAUUGAGGAAUGGAAAGAGAUACUGGCAGACAAAGACAUGGAAAUAGUUAGGCUUAAUGAACGAAUAAUAGAGUUUUCUCAGGAAUUGCGAGAUCUUAAAGCUGACUCCGAUAAAACCAGCGUACAAGCCCUAAUGAAGUCCAUAAAAGAUCGUGAUGUUCAGAUACACUCCCUAAAAAAACAGCUCACGGAUGCUACAAAUGAAGUUGAGAAAAGCACAACUCUUUUAAACGAACUCGCAAAGCAAUCAAAUGAGAAUGAAUUUGACCCCAGCAGUCGCAAAGCUGAACGUAUUGUUGUCCUUAGAAAACAACUUCAAGAAAAAGAAAACCUUAACAUUGAACUGGAGAAAAGGUUGGAGCUUGCUGAAGAAGCUGCUCAGUCUCAAGCCAACGAGGUAAAUAUUUUAGAAAAGCAACUAAAACGUUAUGAAGAAGGAGAGUACGGUUUAUCAGAAGCUAUUGCUGAAUUAAAAGCUACUAGAUUACAAUUAAACUCAAAAGAAAGACAAUUGGAAGAGGUUUGUCGUCUAGCAAGUCAAGCUGAAUCAUCUCUUAAUGAAAUAAAUUUAGAAAAUGAACAUUUAAGAAGUAAGCUGGGAAUACCAUUGAUUGAAAAAAUUGAUCUGAAUGGCUACCGUCGUCAAAAACGAGCAGAAGUUGAAGAAGAUCGUGCCGUAAAUAUAAUACUACAAAAAGAAAUCGAAAAAUUAGAAGACGAAAGGUUGGAGCUGAAACGUAAACUACGUACACUUGCACGUCAGUUAGGCCAACAAUAUGGUUCAUCAGAUUUGCACGUGGAUGGAGUACUCUUAGGUAAUUUGAACCAAGUUAGUGAGGAAGUUGUGUCAACUCAGUCAGCUCGAGUGGUUUCUGCCUCUCGAUCUAGUCAGAAAAACAAAAGUUCCCCAACACAAGACAAACUAACUGACCUUCCAGAAGUAUGGAAAGCAAGGUUCAAAGUACUUGAUGAGGAAUUAGUUCAAGCAGUGAAGCAAAUAGAAGAAGAACAUAAAAAGCAUGAUAAACUAGAAACACGCUUGAAGCAAAUUACUGAAGCAAAUGUUCUGCUAGAAAGUGGUCUGAAGGAAGUUCAAAACCAGAUACACUCUUUCCAUAUUGAGUCAAAGAAUCAACUUGAUCUAAGUGAAGAAAAGAAACAAUCUAAAUCUAACAAUAUAACCAAAACAGAAAGAAGAGAAGUGGCCAAUAACAAGUUAAAAAUAAAGAAUGAAAUCAUUCAACUAGACUGUCCAUCUUUAGACAAAUUACUAGCUGCAUUAGACGCAAGAAACAUGGUUGAAGAUAUUGACUCUGGACAAUUUCUAAAGUCCAGAGUAGAUCAACUUGAAGGAGCAAAUCAGGAGCUCCGAUCAAAUCUUCGUGAUAUACGCAUGAGUAGUGCUUUAUAUGAGGUAAAACUGAACGAGGCACAUAAUCGAAUUAAACAGUUGGAGUCGCAGCUUGAAUCAGUUAAUCUCUUAGAUAAUAAUAUACCAAGCCAAGCAUUUCUUGAGGGUCAGUCACCUCUUCCAAAAGAUAUUAACCCUGAUACAGCUAAAGUUAUUUUAUCACUAGAAGAACACUUACUGACAAUGAUGAAAGAUAUUAGUGAUAAAAAUACACAACUUGCCUAUAUUGACAAUCAAAUGGAAGCUGCAAGGAGAAAAUAUGCUGUUUGUAAACACCAUCAAGGUUUAUUGUAUCGGGACUUUUAUAAUGAACGCCAAACUUGGAAAAAAGAGAAAGAAAAACUUGAACAACGUUUGGAAUGUUCAGAAAUGAGAGUUAACGAACUGGCAGUCCAUAAAAGUGAACUACAUCAUUUGCAAGAUAUUUUAUCGAGUUUAUGUGAUUCAUCAGGUGAUAAAGAACAGAGUGAAAGUUCUCCCAUAAAGCAAAAGAUUGCUGACCAGUCACGACAGAUAUUAUUACUCCGUGUGAAUGAAGUUGGCUUACGGCGGCGAUAUUUGGCAACACGAGAACGUGAAGUUGCUUUAUCGAAGGAGAAUACUAAUUUAAAAAGUGAUAUAUUCCAACUGGAGUCAGCUGUGAGUGCUCGUUUAAAUUAUUAUGCGAGAUGUAAAGAAACUGCAGCAUUCCAAAUACAAAAAUUACAAAAAACAUUAGAUCGAUGUGUUCCAGAAGAUGAACUGAAUAAUUUAAGAAAUGAAUAUGAAACAUUAGCUAUCAAAUAUAAAGAACUAUUAGAAAGUGGUUCCAAUAGUGUGAAUUAUCAAUUAGCCUUAAAAUCUACUCAAACAAAUUUGGAUACCUUGAAAAAACAACAUGAUGAAUUAAAGGAACAACUGACAAUAGAAAAAGAAAGGAGAUAUUUGCUGGAAAAUUCCAUUAAUCAGUUGCAGUCAAAUGUGACAGUGAAAUCUGAUCAAGUUGAGAAUAAUGUAACCGAUACAAAUAUUGCUAAACGUUUAGCUUUAAUAGAAAUGAAGGAGCUAAAUGAACGUGAACGUGCAAAUCAUAUACAAAUUAUUUUAAAUACAGUACAAGAUGCUAAUCAUCAAUUAGAGUUAAGAAAUAGAGAACUUGAAAACAAAUUUACCGAAAUUACUAAGUCAUUAAUUGAAUUGCAACAAACUGAAAAAAAAUUACGACAAGAACUUACAAAAGCGGUUCCAAUGUCAGAGCAUCAAGAAAUUGAAACAAAAAACACAGAAUUAGAACAGACUAAUUUGAAACUUCGUCAUGAAGUUGAACAACUUAAGGAAGUAGCUUUAAUUUCAAUGAAUCAGCAUCAAAAUUUGGAAGAUCAACUAAACAGUCAGUCGACUGAAAUACAAAAUUUACGUGAACAAAUGACUGAACUGGAAUCUAAAGAUGAUUCAAAAGCUAAUCUGGCUCAACUCCAUCGUCUUGUGACACGUAUCCAGAUCUCUGAGUCGACUGCCCUACGUCGUUUAGCAUCAACUCAAGUGAAAGUAAAUCGUUUGGAAAAUGAUUUGCUCAAAGCUGAGAAAAGACUAAUUCAAAAAGAAAAGGAAUUGACAAACGUGUACGACAAAUCACAUCAACGUGAAAAACGAUUACGUGAAACGAUUACGUCACUUCGUCAAAGAUAUGCAGGUUCCAUUCCACUCAUCCAGCAAGAAAGAUUAACCCUUCGUUUAACCGAAACACUUCGUAAAUGUAUAUCUGUCCAGUUGGCUCUUGAUGAAGCUUUGAAUGAUAAAAUCAAAACAGAAUCUAUCAUUGAAGGUUACGAAGAAAGAAAAAUGUUGACAUCUGAUAUUCAGGACGUCUUAAAACAGUAUAAUGAAGAACAUAAAAAUCAUGACAUUAAUAAAAAUUUGGAAAAAAAAUUAGUAGACUGGCAAGAACGAUUAAGUGAAUUACGAGUCUCAGAAUCAACACAACGUCGUCAGGUUGGACAGUUAAAGGAAAAAGUACGUCAUUUAGAAUCAAUUGUACAAAAUCAAGAAAAACAGCUAAAUGAACUAGAAUUAGAAAAUUCACGUUUAGUUAAAGAAUUAGAUCAACGUGAAAUCCAGUGGGAACAACGUGAAGCUGAAUUAGAAUGUGCCAUAGAAAAAAACACUAUAUCUAAUUAUAUUGACACAGAAAAUAUGAAUGAACUUAAAUCCAUACCUAAUUUACUUGCAGAUGAAGAUAUUGAGACCGUUUGUAACCAAGUCGAUCACAAAGAUAACUUCAAUGAAAUUUCCAAAUCUAUACCACUAAAUAGUGAACAACCAUCGUCUAAGUGUGUGGAAGAAUCAGUUCAAAACUAUAAUCAUCAAACAAUGAAUAAACUGAAAAAUGAAAAUACCGCACUUAGAAAACGGCUCACUCAACUGUUACAACUUUUGCAUCUGCAAGAUAUCAAAUUACAAAAUGCUAUCAAUCAUUGUUCUACUACACAAAAUCCAGAUAUUCAAUCUACAUUAGCUGGUUUACGAGCUAAUAUGGAAUUGUUGCAACGUAGAUUAAAUGGAAAGGAUGAAAGUAUUGCAAGAGUUAAUGAGCUACUUAAACAAGCGUAUGAAGCUAACGAAAAAUCGAAUGAUAGACAUAAUCAAGAAAUUGCUAUUUUACAAAAUAAACUACAAAACAAAAUGGAGGAACGGUUAUUACAAUUAGCUCAAAAUGUUGAGUCUGUUGGCAUGACUGAAAUAUCGAAUGUACACUUAGUGGAAUUAAAGAAACGUUUAUAUGAAUUAGAAGAAUCGUUAAAUGAACAAAAUCAAGCUGUGUUUCGUCAGGCUGAACAAACAAAAGUCAUACGACAAGAAUGUGAUUUAUGGCAAUUGAAAUAUAAUCAACUUCAAACAAAAACUGAAACUAUGAAGGCGAAUAUGGAGAAUUUGCAUAGAGAAGAAACAAUGAAACUAACAUCACAAAUCGAACAGUUACAAAAAGAACUAGAUAAAAGUAAUGUAAAAUUAAAUGAAUACAAUAAUGAAGUUAAACGCUGGAAAGCUGAAGCAAAUAAAUCACCAUCAGUGAUGCAACGCCAACUAGCUGAACGUUUACGUACAGAUCUACUAGAAAAAGAUAAACAAAUCCGAGCUUUGUCCAAGGCACUAGGAGAACUACGUCAUGAUCUUGUGACACAAGCGGAGCAAGCUGUUCUAGCUACCAAUUCAAUGCAGCCCAUUCAAUGUGCACCACCAUUCCAGGAAGUGAAUGAAAGCAAAACUAUUAAUGAAACUGUCGUUUCACCAGUUCGCGCAAAUCCUAUAGAGUCUGCCAUCCUGCCUCAAUCUACGAAAACGAAUCAUGAAAUGGAAAUCUCAAAAGACAAGGAGAUAAUCCUUAAACUCAAAGACUUGAACAAAACAUUGGAAUUAGAGUGCAAAGAUCUGAAAAAUCAGUUGGAAAGUAUCAAGUGUACUAGAACGUUGAACACGCCACCAAAAGUUGAUGAACUUAUAAGAAAAAAUCGAAUGCUUGAAGAAGAAAACAACAGGCUUCGAAUGAUACCUGAAAAACCAUAUCAAGAUAACAGGGACAUAAAAAGCUUAACAAAUGAAUGGGAAGCACGUAAACGUUUGGAAGCUGAGAUAAAUAAAUUAAAAGAACAACUAAGUAAAAAAAGUUCAGAAUUCACUUCUAUUCAAAAACAAUUGGAUCUAACAAGGAAUGCCCUUGAACGAACGAACAGACAAAAUAAAUAUUUAAGAGAGAAAGUCAAUGAAGUAUGGGGUCCAGGUGCCAUACCUGAUGAGUCAAAUGAUCUAACAAUGGAGCAAAAUAAAAACGAAAUUCUUAAUCGGUCGUCGAUUUCUGAACGUGUUGACCUACAUCAACAAGUAGAGGAAUUACAAUCUGAAGUUGAAAGACUUCGAAGAGCCCAAAGAAUGUCAGCAGGUUUGCCACCUGGGACAAAGUCACUGAAUACAGAUACCAUGUUGAUAAAAAGUGCAGAUAUGCGUAACAAAAUUUUAAUUGAACGUAUAGCCGAUCUGGAGAAACAGUUAUUAGACAAAGGUUUUGUUAGCCCAACGAAACUUCAGUUAGAACAAGCAAUUCAGCGUGAUCUAUUGCGACUUAAUAAUGAAAAUAUCGAACUAAAAUUUGAAUUAGAAACAUUAAGAUCAGAUACAACACGUUAUAAAACUCGAAUUCAUGAUUUACAACUUUAUGUUGAUUUGUUAAAACAAGAAAAAGAAGCAUUGCGUUCCGGACAAAAUUUGGAUAAGUCAUUUGAUUCCGAUAGUAGUACAAUGAAUUCUAUAAAAAGGAUUGGUGAAAGCGGAAGAUCCCCAAAGGAAUUAGAAAAAAUCAUAGUUUGUUUAAAAAAGGUAUUAAAGCGUUGUCAAGCUGAAAAUGAACGUUUGAAGUGUGCACCUGGACCAGUAUCACAUAAUGAAUUGAAACAAUAUAAAACAGAGAUAAAACGCUUAAAAAAUGAACUUGAAACAGCACAAUUAACCGUAGGAUCAAAAUUAUUCAAUCGUCGAUUAGCGAAUGAACAAGGAACAGCUAAAUUAAUGCAUCAAUAUGACAGUUUAAAAAAAGAUUAUGAAGAAGUUUUAUCGAAAAAUCAAGCAAUGACAAGUCAAAUAGAAUAUUUACGUCGAGAAGUGGACAAAUUACAGAAACCACCUGAACAAUCAAACAAUAAUAAACAACCCAGUUAAACUAAAUCAUGGCGAUUACUUGAAACAUCAUAAAGAACUUGCAAUGAAUCAUUGUUGUUUGUUUACACAAAGUAUUAUUGUUAUGAGGUCUUACGCUAAAUAAGACAAAUUCUUUUGUUCUCGUUAAAAUUUUUUUGAAAAAAUUAGUUUCCG